AUGCAGUUCCUCCUUCUCCUCGCUGCAACUUUGAGUCUCGGUGCAGGAACUCUGGCUUCCCCUGCACCGGUUCCUAAUAGCCUUGAUUCGCGGGCUUAUCAUUGGCAUGGCUGUGGCGCCGGCAUUGAGGAUUGCUUGAAGCUUGCUCUUGGUAGCACCGACAAUAUCCACUGUGGUCAAGAUAGUUACCCCACAGCUUGCUGGGCGGCAGCUCAAACCAACAUUUGUAAAAACAACCUUGGGAACGCAGAGAAAGCUUUCCUUUGGUCGAAGGAUGCAUUGGAUCGGUCAAUUUCCAUAUUGAUCCUGGCCCAAGGGACAGCAGUUGCAAAGGAAGAAUGUGUGGUCAGGUUGUUGAUGAGCAGCUCGCAUGUGGGGGUGAAGAAGAGUAUCAUGCCAAACCCCAUCCCUAGUAGGUUUUCCAAUGGAAAAUCUGGCCAUGCCGGCUUCUUCUCUUUAAACCACUCCGAACUAACUCAAAAUGACGAAUGCAAGUUUGACUAUUCCCAGCGCUCUGACUUUCAGAUAACGGUAGAAUCAGCAACAGACCAGAUACUUUAUUGCUUGCUAUGUCUCAGUCGCUACGGGCUAUUGAUGAAGGAAGCGGGUAUCCCAUUCUAUGCCUGGAGAAGCUCAACCAUGGCACUUUUAAAUCGGACCGGUCGCCUACGCAGAAUGGAAGCCUUUGAUCUUUCGGCUGCUCCCCCGGAAUUCGCGGUCUGGGCCUCAACAGUCUAUGGCCUCAACGCUUACACUAACAUCAUCUGGCUCUAUGUGUACUAUGGCAUGAUAUACCGAUCCUACAAAGAUAAGUCCUUUGCCAUGCCACUCAUUUGUCAGUGCCUCAACAUCGCAUGGGAGAUCACCUUCGGCUUUUUGUUCUCUCUGGACCACUGGUUAGUAAGCUUAACCUUCCAAGUCGCCGUCAUAAGCAACCUUGGCGUUAUCUUCGCAGCAAUCAAAUGGGGAUCCAGGGAGUGGGACCGAUCCCCAAUAAUACAACGCAACCUGCCCUGGAUAUAUGGGGGCGGAAUAUUACUGGCAAUUGCCGGCCAUCUUUGCCUUGCCUCAGAGCUCGGCAUGGUGAAGGCUUGCUUCGCGAACGCAAUCGUAUGUCAGGUCAUCCUAAGUGUUGGAUAUGUCAGCCAGCUUUUGGUUCGGGGAGCCACACGCGGAUUCUCCCUUCAAUUAUGGUACGUAUACCCAGGUCUAGAAGUCAUGACAGUGCUGUUGGAAAGAGAUUUACCUUUGUCAGGUUUUUCCGAUUCACGGGCUCGUUGA